UCGUCCGGCCCGUCCAAGGCCAAGAAGACGAACGCCGGCAUCCGGCGCCCGGAGAAGCCGCCCUACUCGUACAUCGCGCUCAUCGUCAUGGCCAUCCAGAGCUCGCCCAGCAAGCGCCUGACCCUCAGCGAGAUCUACCAGUUCCUGCAGGCGCGCUUCCCCUUCUUCCGCGGCGCCUACCAGGGCUGGAAGAAUUCUGUGCGCCACAAUCUCUCGCUCAACGAGUGCUUCAUCAAACUGCCCAAGGGGCUGGGCCGGCCAGGCAAGGGCCACUACUGGACAAUCGACCCGGCCAGCGAGUUCAUGUUCGAGGAAGGCUCGUUCCGCCGCCGGCCGCGCGGCUUCAGGCGCAAGUGCCAGGCGCUGAAGCCCAUGUACCACCGCGUGGCCUCGCCUUACCUCAAGCAGCCGCCAGCGCUGACGACCAGCAGCAACCCAGCGGCCUCCGCCGGCCUGCACCCCGGUGUGUCGUCUUACUCGCUGGAGCAGAGCUACCUGCACCAGAACGCCCGAGAGGACCUCUCAGUGGGUCUGCCUCGUUACCAGCAUCACUCCACGCCUGUGUGCGACAGAAAGGAUUUUGUCCUCAAUUUCAAUGGCAUUUCUUCUUUCCACCCCUCUGCCAGUGGGUCUUACUAUCACCACCACCACCAGAGCGUGUGUCAGGACAUUAAGCCCUGUGUCAUGUGAGCGAUGGAGACCACCCGGAGGCCAGGCUGCCCUCUCUCCUCUUGGCUGGGGCAGAUAGGCGCUGGGGUGACUGGAUAAUACACUCCCGAACGCAUGGGCAAAGGGACAGCAGUAAGUAGCACCCCCACCGCUUAGCAGAACCCCAGCAUGGCCUUGACCCUGCAUCUGCCACUGGAGGAGGGGAGCCCCCAGCAGGGGAGAGUGGACCCCAACCGAGGAGAAGUAGCCAAGCGUAAAACAUAAACUUAUACCUCUGGGACCUUCGUUGCCUUCUGUAAUCAGGGUCUGAAAAAGGCAGACAAGUCAUGUAUGUGUGUUUUUCUUUAUCUAUGAAAACUUGUGUGCUUUUGAAAAAGGCAGUGUGCAAAGCACAGGAAUUCAAGAAGCCUCAUCAUGCUGCCCAGAUAAGUAGGACAUGGUUCGCCUCAGACACUCCGUUAGGAUACAGGUGCCGCAGAACACUAUGAGGAAACCGCGCAGGCCCAGCAUGUCUAAUUUCAGAAAGCGGUUUUCAGUAUUGGGACAAUAGAGUGUUUUUUACAAGGUUGUUUUCUACCCAUAUUUUAAAAAUAUUUUUAUGAUCUUUGUGUAUACUCACACCUUGCUUGUAUUUUAAAAGGAGGAUAUAUUUGCACUUAUGUAU